CGCCAUUAAACACAAGAAGAAGAGAAUAAUUUGUCUUAGGAAAAGCCCUGUUAAAACCAAGAAGAUGAAAGAACUAAGUUAGAUGUUCAUCAUGAGAGAGCAGGUGGAUGUGAUCUGCUGUAAAUCAGUAGGAACUGAUCUGUCCAUGCUGGAUAUUGAUGAAUUCAUCACAGAAAUCUCUCAGCUGAAGAAAGAGGUGACUUCACUGAAGACAAAACUGAUGGAGAGAGACGACAGGUUACAGGAGCUGGAAAAGGGUUCCUGUCAAUCUUCAGUGUGUGUGACUGAUGGGACCUCCACAGAAUGUCAGGAUUCAGUGUGGAGCGGCAGAGAUCAGUCCACACCACAGCGACUGCUGGACAAACUCUCUGAACAGAGAUCCAGAGACACACAGGACUCACAGCUCACUUUACUCUGUUCUACUGACGGUAAUCAGGGUGAUCAAACCUCCACAGAGUCUCUGACUUCUGUCUGUAAUGCUGGAGAACAGCAGAUGCUGCAGAUACCAGUGAAGAUUGAAGUGAAGCAGGAGGAGAUAAAAGAAGAAAACACAGCAGAGGAACAACAGGGAGAUAAAGAUGAUGAUGAUCAAAUCGCCACAGAGUCUCAGACUUCUGUCUGUAAUGCUGGAGAACAGCAGAUGCUGCAGAUACCAGUGAAGAUCGAAGUGAAUCAGGAGGAGAUAAAAGAAGAUGAACAACAGAGUAAUGAAAAUUAUAAAUAUGAUGAUCAAACCUUCACAGAGUCUCAUACUUCCGUCUGUAACACUAGAGAACAGCAGAUGCUGCAGACACCAGUGAAGAUGAAGAUGUGUUCAGUGAAGCUGCUGGACUGCAGGAACCUGAUGAAGAUGAGAGGAGAAAUCAAAGUAGAGGAACAACAGAGUGAUGAUGAUGAUGAUGAUGAUGUUCAAACCUCCACAGAGCCUCUGACUUCUGUCAGUAAUACUGGAGAACAGCAGAUGCUGCAGACACCAGUGGAGAUUGAAGAGAACACAGUAGAGGAACAACAGAGAGAUGAUGAAGAUGAUAUUUCUUCAGCUAAUAGAAAGAAGGCUGAGGCCCGUCUAACUGGCGGGGAUCCACCUCCACCUCCUCUCACCCCAUCUGAGGAGUUGGCUCUUUCACUUAAUAAAGGUCGCCCUGUGGUCGAUGGUAUUCCAGAGGGUACUUCGUCAGACUUUGCUACCUCCCACAACAACUCAAGUGACUUGGUACAAUUUGCUGAUGGACGCAUUGUAUUAUUGGAUCCUCCUGAAACCACACAGUCUGUCACAAUUAAUGGUGAUGAAGAGACCACAUCUGCUGUGACUGAAUUAGAAAGUGCUGGGAGACCCACAGAGAAUCUAGCUGGAGAUGUACAUGCAGAUGAGGGUCCAUCUACCUCUACACAUAAUCUUACCAGUUUGUCUGCAAAGGAGGUGUAUAAGCUCCAUCUAUUAAGGCAAAUUAAAAAAACUGACAUGGACAUGGACCUUAAACAGCUUCAGCUAGAGGAGAAAAGGCUGGCCAUUAAAAAGGCCAAACUUGAAAUAGAACUAGAGCAUCGCCUUAAGGAUAUGAAGAAAUAGAACAGAUUAAAUAAAGUGAUUUUGACAAAUCAUGUCUCUAAGCAUUCUGCCAUCUCUGUGGUCUGCUAGACUCAAUGGGUGUUGUUCUAGGUCAUCUUCAUCAGGACAGGGGGGAUGCCUCUCUCCUCUUAUUGUGGCAAUGUUGUGAAGUACCACACAAGCAACUGUGAUGUCACAUGCCCUAUUUGGAGUGACACUGAGCCCACGCAGACACUGAAACCUCGCCUUCUGAAUGCCUAUUGUCAUCUCCACCUUGGCCCGUGUUCUGCUGUGAGACAGGUUGAAGCGUGUCUGUGGUCCGGGCUCAGGAUCAGGGUAGGGUGUCAUCAUAUAGGGGAGGCAAGGGUAUCCUCUGUCCCCCAGCAAGUAACCAUAGAAGUGUCCUGUAAUGUUUGAGGUGUUUUGUAAAUGUAAUAAAGACUACAAGCAUU